AAGAGGAAUGAGUUAUCUGACAAAAUUAGAUUUUGCAAACUUGUGCACCAAGGAGAGUGCUAUUGAAAUGCAUUAAGAAGGAUUUUCAACAUGCAAAUGUGUCAUUUCCUUUCUUCAUGUGUCCUGCUGAAAUAUUAUGUGAUAAAGGUUUUAGGCUUCAUUUGUUAAGAGAGGGAAGUGGAUAAAUCAGUGCUGCCGUGUUUAGGACACAAGAAGUAUGGAACAGUGGCAUAGCUUUCCUGAUCAACCGGAGGACACUGACAGUUGUAUGGAAUCUGUCAAGUUCGAUGCUCGCUCAAUGACAGCUUUGCUUCCUCCAAAUCCUAAAAAUGGCCCAACGCUUCAAGAGAAAAUGAAGUCUUUCAAAGCUGCACUGAUUGCCCUUUAUCUCCUUGUGUUUGUCGUGCUGGUGCCUAUCAUUGGAGUACUGGCAGCUCAUCUCCUGAAAUGGGAAAUGAAGAAUUGUGCAGUUGGCUCAAUUAGUGCAGGAAAAGGAAAUGACAGUGAAAAUGACAUGAGAUUUCGUGACGUCGUUACAGAACAUAUGAGCAACAUGGAGAAGAGAAUUCAGUAUCUUUCAGAUAAUGAAGCCAAUCUCGUAGAAUCCGAGCAUUUCCAAAAUUUCACUGCAAUGACUGAUCAAAGAUUUAAUGAUGUCCUUUCCCAGCUAAAUAACUUGCUUUCCUUCAUUCAGGAACAUGGAAAUGUAAUAAAUGAAAUCUCUAAGUCAUUAAUAAGUCUGAACACCACAUUGCUUGAUUUGCAGCUCAGUGUCGAAACACUGAAAGGCAAAGUCCAAGAGAAUACAUUUAAACAACAAGAGGAGAUGAGUAAAUUAGAGGAGCGUGUGUACAAUGUGUCAGCAGAAAUUAUGUCUCUGAACGAGAAACAAGCGCAUUUGGAACAGGAAAUAAAAGGAGAAGUGAAACUGUUGAAUAAUGUCACGAAUGAUCUUAGGCUGAAGGACUGGGAGCAUUCUCAGACACUGAAAAAUAUCACUUUAGUUCAAGGUCCUCCUGGACCUCCAGGUGAAAAAGGAGAUAGAGGUCCUGCUGGAGAAGUUGGUCCACGCGGCAUUCCAGGUCCACUAGGUCCUCCAGGUCUUAAAGGUGAUCGGGGAUCAAUUGGCUUUCCUGGAAGUCGAGGAUUCCCAGGACCAAUGGGGAAGACCGGGAGGCCAGGAAAUCCUGGACAAAAAGGCCAGAAGGGAGAAAAAGGGAGUGGAAGCAUGCUAAGACCAGCAUAACUCCCUGAUCGUAUUAGGGCAGCCCCCUUUUAAGAUCAGGUGGGUUGGGCAGGACACCCUGUGCUACCAGCUCACUAAAAGGCCCUUCACCUCCGGACAAGUCAUCAGCACACCUGACUCCAAGAUCCCUCUGUGGCGCCUCCCAACGACCCCGUUCCCGUGUGGUGCCGGGCUUCCUCAUGGCUUCCUCUCCUGGUCCUUGGUGCUGUUCAGGCCUCAUGCUCAUACCUCUCCCCAUCUAGUACCCCACCAUCCCUUCAUCCCCGAGCUGGGGUGCCACCCAUAUACUGAUUGGCUGUGUUCCUACCCAUUCUCAGAGCCAGGCUGGGAGCCUUCUGCCACCCAUAUAGUGAUUGGCUGUGCUCCUACCCAUUCUCAGAGCUAGGCUGGGAGCCUUCUGCCACCCACUCUUGCAUUGCCUCCUGAACCCAGUUUAACCUAUUGGGUUCCAAUUGAAAUUGCAUGAAUACUGAUUACAUGAGGGUUCUUUAUAUUCAAAAACUAGUCUCAACCAGAGAUAGGGAUGCCAGAAAAGAAUCCAUUUUUUCAUUUCACAUAUGUUUAGUGUGUACCUCCUGGAGUUGGAGUAAACCACUGAUAGGAUAGCAAUUGUCUCCAGGCCUUACAGAGAUAAUUCUCCCUGAAAGUUCUACUGGACAUGUAAACAGGCACUCAGACAAGACAGCAGACUAUGAGGCGGGGGGGGGGGGCGGGGGGAGGAACAGAGUUCCAUAGGUGUUAAGAGGAGAUCAAGAUUUUUAAAUUCCUUAGAGUUUUAAGACAGUAAGUUGACUUUGAUUUGCUUAGUUUACCUUCUUGUCUUCUUAUUCUCCAAUUUAUAGCAUUUUCCCCCAAGUUUUAUAGUAAGGUAAAGUGGAGCUGGGGCAGUUCAUUUAACAUUUUUCAACCAGAAAGCAAAGUUUGUUUCCUUAAAUUACCUGUUUCAAGCAAGAAUAUUUUGGUCAUAAAAAAAAAUAAUGCUGAAGUUUUUUUAUUCUAAAAAACUCUUUUCACCCUGCUGCAUUUAAUAUCCUUGGUAAAAGCACAUGUAAAUUAGAAAGUUUCUAAGUGUGUUAGUGAUGUCAAUGAAUAAAAACUGCAAAAAAAAAAAUUUCUUUUAAAAACAACUCUUUCUGCAUUCUGCUUUAAGUAUCCAGUAUGGAUCCUGGAGAUAUUUCACGUAGAUGAAGAAAGAGCUGGAUUAGGGCUCAUUAGAAAGGAGAAAAAGUAAGAAAAGGCAAACCAAAAAAGGAAAGAUGGGGAUUCCAUGUUAGUUUUGAACAUCUCUCUAUUAAUCAGCAGACUGAAUUUUUGACAACUCUCCUUUCCUUCAAGGUUUAACAUAGAGUCCUGGGACUUACAACAUUAGGUUUCUAGUAGCAUUCUAAGUGGUGUCUCUAUGUGUCUCUCCCCAUCUCUUCCCUCUCCUCCGUAAAAUGGGCGGUGUAAUGGAUACCUACCUCACAGGGUUGUGGUGAGGGUCACAUAAGAUAUUGUGUGUAUGCAGAUGCUCUGAAAAAUCAUAAAGUGCCUUAAACCCA